CCGGUGGGUUGUUGCGAGGGAGGGAAGGCGACUUGAGAUGCAGAAGAGGGAAGCCGGCAAGUCCGGCGGCUCCUUCACGACGCCCGCCAAGCGCGGUCGCCCGUUCGGCAGCACUGCGGCCGCCGCCGCCACCUCGGCUGCUGCCGCUGCCGCAGGCGACGCCUCCUCCCCGGCGUCUCUCCUUGGCCCUUCGCUUCAGAUCACGACCUCCUUGGCCGAUCAAAACAAUAGAAGAAUUGUCUUAGCAUUGCAAAGUGGAUUGAAGAGUGAACUAACAUGGGCAUUGAACACACUCACCCUGCUUUCUUUCAAAGAAAGGGAUGACCUACGUAGAGACUCAACAGCGCUUGCUAAGAUACCUGGACUGCUGGAUGCUCUCCUUCAAAUUGUUGAUGACUGGCGUGACAUUGCUCUUCCUCGAGACUAUACAAAGCCUGCACGGGUGAGAACACUGGGAGCAAAUUUAGCGGUGACAGGCUUUGGGAAUGAAUUGACAACCAGUCUUGACACCACCUCCUACCCCGGUCGUAAAAAAUCAUCUAAUAUGGAGGUUUCCAGUGGGAAAAGGCAUCGGUCAAUAGACUGGUGGUUUGAAGAUGAUGGCUUAUUUAAUCUGGAUGAAGAAGCUCACGCAGAAAAACAACAGUGUGCAGUUGCUGCUUCUAAUGUCAUUAGGAACUUCUCUUUCAUGCCUGAUAAUGAAACGAUAAUGGCACAGCACAGGCAUUGCAUGGAAACUAUGUUCCAGUGCAUAGAGGAUCAGAACACAGAAGACGAGGAGCUUAUAACGAAUGCACUAGAGACAAUUGCCAAUUUAGCACCACUCUUGGACCUCCGUAUAUUUAGCUCGUCUAAGCCUUCAUAUAUUGGAAUGACUGAGAAACGUGCAGUUCAGGCCAUCAUGGGGAUGCUUGGAUCUUCGGUGAAGGCAUGGCAUUGUGCAGCUGCUGAAUUGCUUGGACGCCUCAUAAUAAAUCCUGAUAAUGAGCCAUUUCUUCUUCCUUCAACUCCAGAGAUUUACAAGAGACUAGUCGAUCUUCUUAGUUUACCAGCCGUGGAUGCACAAGCAGCAGCGGUAGGGGCACUCUACAAUCUUGCAGAAGUGCAUACAGAUUCCAGGCUGAAGCUUGCAAGUGAAAGAUGGGCGGUCGAUAGACUCUUCAAGGUAAUCAAGACUCCACAUCCUGUGCCCGAUGUUUGUAGAAAAGCCGCAAUGAUACUGGAAAGCCUCGUCUCCGAUCCUCAAAACCGGCAUCUGCUAAUGGCUCACGAGAGUAGCUUCGCCGAGAUGCUGAUGUCAGACGCGAGGUACUCUGAUACAUUUUCUCGUCUACUCUACGAGCUCACGUCGAGGCCAAACAAAGUUACUGCUGCUCGUGGUGUCUGGGGAAUGUGAGCUUCUUCAUGUAUGAUUUGUUUCUGCAACUUCUUAUGACUGUAAUGUGAAUCUCGUCCACUGUUGUUCACUCUAUUGGAACAAAGGAUAAGUGAUUUGAACACCCAAGUCGCUGUGAGAAAAUAUGGCUAAUUAGUUGCA